AUGCGCCUCCGCCUGCUUCUGCUGCUCGCCCUGUGCGGGGCGGGGCCCACUGCCGCAGCCCGCAGCCUCAGCUUGCGGGGAAGCUGGAGGAUCCGCAGCGGGAACGGCUCGCUGGAGCUGCCGGGGAGGGUCCCCGGUUGCGUGCACAGCGCCCUGUUCCAGCGGGGCCUCAUCCAGGAUCCUUACUACAGAUUUAAUGACCUUAAGUACAGAUGGAUCUCCUUGGAUAACUGGACCUAUAGCAAGAAAUUUCAAAUCCCCUUUAACAUUAGCAAAUGGCACAAAGUAAACCUGAUUUUUGAGGGUGUUGAUACAGUUGCAAAAAUCCUGCUAAAUAGUGUUCCUAUUGGGAAAACAGACAACAUGUUCAAAAGAUAUAGCUUUGAUAUUACCACUGUGGUUAGAAAUGUGAACUCCCUUGAGCUGCGUUUCCAGUCCCCAGUGUUGUAUGCGGCGCAGCGGAGCAAAGCUCACACUAGCUACUGGGUGCCUCCAGACUGCCCUCCGCCUGUGCAGAAGGGCCAAUGCCACGUCAACUUCAUUCGAAAGGAGCAGAGUUCCUUUAGUUGGGACUGGGGGCCGUCCUUCCCUACCCAGGGCAUCUGGAAAGAUGUCAGAAUCGAAGCCUAUAAUGUUUGUCAUCUGAACUUCUUCACGUUUUCUCCUAUCUACGAUAACCAUACCCAGGGGUGGAAUCUUGAAAUAGAGUCUUCUUUUGAUGUUGUCAGCCCAAAGCCAAUUUCUGGUCAAGUGAUAGUAGCCAUUCCUAAACUGCAAACACAGCAGACGUACAGCAUUGAACUUCAACCUGGGAAAAGGAUUGUUGAGCUAUUUGUGAAAAUUAAUAAGAAUGCUACUGUAGAAACUUGGUGGCCUCAUGGACAUGGAAACCAGACUGGAUAUAAUAUGACAGUUCUUUUUAAGUUGGAUGGAGGCUUAAGUAUUGAAAAAUCAGCUAAGGUUUAUUUUAGGACAGUGGAACUUAUAGAAGAGUCCAUUGAAGGGUCUCAAGGUCUGAGUUUCUACUUCAAAAUUAAUGGAUUGCCCAUAUUUCUGAAAGGCUCAAACUGGAUCCCAGCAGAUUCGUUCCAGGAUCGAGUAACCUCUGACUUGCUACGGCUCCUUUUGCAGUCUGCUGUGGAUGCUAACAUGAAUACUCUCCGGGUUUGGGGAGGAGGAAUAUAUGAGCAAGAUGAAUUCUAUCGACUCUGUGAUGAACUGGGAAUAAUGGUAUGGCAGGAUUUUAUGUUUGCCUGUGCUCUUUAUCCGACUGAUCAGGGCUUCCUGGAUUCAGUGAGAACAGAAGUUGCUCACCAGAUCAGGAGACUGAAAUCUCAUCCUUCCAUCAUCAUAUGGGGUGGAAAUAAUGAAAAUGAAGCAGCGCUGAUGAUGAAUUGGUUUAAUAUACACACCAGUGAGCUGCAUACCUACAUCAAUGACUAUGUGGUUCUGUAUGUGAAAAAUAUUCGACAGAUUGUUUUGGCAAGAGACAAGACUCGUCCUUUUAUCAUAUCCAGUCCUACAAAUGGGGCCGAAUCUAUUGAAGAAGGCUGGCUGUCUGCCAACCCCUAUGACAAGAAUUUUGGUGACGUACAUUUUUAUGACUAUAGCAAUGAUUGCUGGAAUUGGAAAAUUUUCCCCAAAGCUCGAUUUGUAUCUGAAUAUGGAUAUCAGUCCUGGCCUUCCUUCAGUACAUUAGAAAAGGUUUCAUCUGAAAAGGACUGGUCUUACAACAGCGAAUUUUCACUUCAUCGACAACAUCAUGCAGGUGGAAAUAAUGAAAUGCUGCUUCAGAUUGGAUUUCAUUUCAAACUCCCAAAAAACACAGAUCCAUUACAGACAUUCAAAGAUACCAUUUACCUUACUCAGGUGAUGCAGGCGCAGUGUGUCAAAAUAGAGACUGAAUUCUACCGCCGCAGUCGCAGCGAGAUAGUGGAUGGAAAAGGACACACCAUGGGCGCACUUUAUUGGCAGCUGAAUGAUAUCUGGCAGGCUCCCUCCUGGGCUUCCCUAGAAUAUGGAGGAAAGUGGAAAAUGCUUCAUUACUUUGCUCGACAUUUCUUCGCUCCACUGUUGCCAGUGGGAUUUGAGGAUCAAGAUGCGUUUUUCAUCUAUGGUGUGUCAGACCUUCACUCUGACUGUAAAGCGACGCUCACUGUGAGAGUCCACACGUGGAAUUCCCUGGAGCCCUUGUGCUCCUCUGAGACCGAGCGUUUUGUCAUGGAAGCAGGGAAGGCCAUUCUCCUAUACAAGGAGCAGGUGCCUGCAUUGUUGGGGCGUUGUGGGAACUGUACCCGGCAAAGCUGUGUGGUUUCCUUUUACCUUUCAACGGACAACCAACUUGUGAGCCCAACCAACCAUCACUUCCUGUCUUCGCUGAAUGAGACCGUGGGGCUCCAGAAGGCACACAUCACCGCCAACAUCUCCCAGCAAGGUGACACAUUUGUGUUUGAUCUGGAAACCUCGGCUGUCGCUCCCUUUGUUUGGUUAGAUGUAGGAAGCAUCCCCGGGAGAUUCAGUGACAAUGGUUUCCUCAUGACUGAAAAGACACGGACUAUAUUAUUUUACCCUUGGAAACCCACCAGCAAGAGUGAAUUGGAGCAAUCUUUUCACGUGACUUCCCUGACUGAUACUUACUGA